AAAACACCCAUCGGGAUGCUGGAGCAGAAGCAGGAAACGGACGCAUGCGGUCUGAUUUUGUGAAGAAGAAGCUGGAGAGGCGCAUGCGCUCGCCGCUCGCAUUUUACCUUUUCUUUCUCCUGAAUCCGUCUUUCACGGAUGGCCAUCUACUUCGCCCCGCUUCCCCCACCCCUCCCCGGAUCGUUCUCUCUCCCAAGAUUUCCCCAAUUCGAUCGGCAAGUACAGCCCUCUGGCCUCAGGUGAGAGUUCUUCAUCAACAUCCAGCAUGUCAGUGUCUAUGAAGGAUUUGGACCCGGCCUUCCACGGAGCCGGGCAAAAGGAUGGUCUGGUGGUAUGGCGUAUUGAGAAUUUUAAGCCAGUUACUGUGCCAACAUCUUCACAUGGAAAAUUUUACAUGGGUGAUUCAUACAUCAUCUUGAAGACAACAGCUUUGAAAAAUGGUUCCUUUCGCCAUGACAUCCAUUAUUGGCUUGGUAAAGACACUAGUCAGGAUGAGGCUGGAACUGCUGCAAUCUUAACUGUGGAGCUUGAUGCUGCGCUCGGAGGACGUGCUGUCCAGUACCGGGAAUUACAAGGCAAUGAAACUGAAAGGUUUCUCUCAUAUUUUAGGCCUUGCAUCAUGCCACAACCAGGAGGGGUAGCUUCUGGGUUCAACCAUGUAGAAGUCAAUGAUCAGGAGCAUGUUACUCGCUUAUAUGUGUGCAGAGGGAAACAUGUUGUCCAUGUUAAAGAGGUUCCUUUUACUCGUUCGUCCCUUAACCACGAGGACAUAUUUAUUUUGGAUACCAAGUCCAAAAUUUUCCAGUUCAAUGGUUCCAACUCAUGCAUUCAAGAGAGGGCAAAAGCUCUUGAAGUUGUACAGUAUAUCAAAGAUACUUUCCAUGAGGGCAAGUGUGAAGUUGCAGGGGUUGAGGAUGGGAAAUUGAUGGCUGAUGUGGAAGCUGGUGAAUUUUGGGCUUUGUUUGGUGGCUUCGCUCCUCUUCCAAGGAAGACACCUUCACAGGAUAAUGGGGAAGACAGGGAAAUCGCCAUCAAAUUGAUAUGCAUCAACCAAGGAAAAUUGGAGCAAACUAAUUUUGAAUCCUUGGCGCGUGAGUUACUUGAGCCAAACAAAUGCUACUUGCUUGACUGUGGUGCUGAAAUGUAUGUUUGGAUGGGCAGAAGUACUUCUUUGCAAGAAAGAAAGGGUGCGAGUAAAGCUGCUGAGAAACUACUCAUUGAUGAUAGCCGAGAAAAAUCACAUGUUAUCAAAGUGAUCGAGGGAUUCGAGACAGUCAUGUUCAAGUCAAAAUUUAUUGAAUGGCCACCCACACCUGAGUUGAAGUUAUCAUCUGAGGACGGAAGAGGCAAAGUUGCAGCUCUCCUCAAAAGUCAAGGAUUAGAUGUUAAAGGCUUGAUGAAAGCUGCACCUGUAAAAGAAGAACCCCAGCCUUACAUUGAUUGCACAGGUCAUUUGCAGGUAUGGAGGGUGAAUGGAAAUGGCAAGACUCUUCUUUCAGCUGCUGAUCAAUCAAAAUUUUACACUGGAGAUUGUUACAUUUUUCAAUACACAUAUACUGGAGAUGACAAGGAGGAAUGUCUUAUUGGAACUUGGUUCGGGAAGAGAAGUGUUGAGGUGGAGAGGGUGUCAGCGAUGUCACUGGCUAGCAAGAUGGUUCAGGCUGCAAAGUUCCAGGCUGUCCAGGCUCGGCUUUAUGAAGGGAAAGAACCAAUUCAGUUAUUUGUCAUAUUUCAAAGUCUUCAAGUGUUCAAGGGUGGCCUUAGCUCGGGAUACAAGAACUUUGUUGUUGAAAAUGAUAUUGUGGAUGACACUUACUCUGAAGGUGGGAUUGCCCUAUUCCGGAUUCAGGGUUCAGGAUCAGAAAACAUGCAAGCACUUCAAGUAGACGCGCUGGCUUCGUCCUUAAACUCGUCCUAUUGUUACAUUCUACACAAUGGAAACACCGUGUUCACAUGGACUGGCAAUGCUACGACCUCAUUGGAUCAUGAAUUGGUUGAGAGGCAGCUAGAUGUAAUUAAGCCAGAUCUGCCUUCCAGGUCACAAAAGGAGGGGAGAGAAACCGACCAAUUCUGGGAACUACUGGGUGGUAAAUCCAAGUAUCCAAACCAAAAAGUUGGAAGAGAAAAUGAAAGUGACCCCCAUCUUUUCUCUUGCAUCAUAUCCAAAGACAAUAUAAUGGUCAAAGAUGUACACAACUUUACCCAGGAUGAUCUGAUGACAGAGGAUGUUUUCGUUCUUGAUUGCCACUCAGACAUAUUUGUUUGGGUUGGCCAGGAGGUGGAUGCCAAAGUGAAAUUACAAGCUAUGGAUAUUGGAGAGAAAUUUCUUGUUCAUGAUUUCCUUAUGGAAAAACUAUCACGAGAAACACCAAUAUUCACUGUGUCAGAAGGUAGCGAGCCACAUUUUUUUACUAGAUUCUUCAACUGGGACUACGCAAAAUCUCUUAUGCAUGGCAGUUCAUACCAGAGGAAGUUUGCUGUCCUAAAGGGUGGAGCACCUCCAUCACUGGAAAAACCAAAACGACGAACACCAGCAUUUACGGGAAGAAGUUCAGGACAAGAUAAAUCUCAGCGUUCAAGAAGCAUGUCCACUAGUCCGGAUCGUCCACGUGUUCGUGGAAGGUCUCCAGCCUUCAAUAUAUUAACUUCUGCCUUUGAGAACACAAGCAAAAUCAAUACCAGGAACCUUUCCACCCCUCCUCCCGCUGUGAGAAAGCUUUUCCCAAAAUCUGGAGAGCACUCAAGGGUGUCACCCAAAAAAUCAGCUAUCAGUACCCUCACCAGCUCUUUUGAAGGUCCCUUGAAAAAUGCGAUACCAAAAUCGAUAAGAGCGAGCCCUGAGCCAGAGAAGGCAAUACAGGGGGAAGGUGCCGCAGGCGGUGCAAAUGAAAACGAGCCAGAAGAUGACGAAAGGCGCACGAUCUACCCAUAUGAACGUCUGAUAACCACAGCUGAAGAUCCUGCCCCUGACAUCGACGUGACCAAACGAGAGGCCUACUUAUCGUCAGCCGAGUUCAAUGACAAAUUCAACAUGACAAGGGCGGCGUUCUACAAGCUCCCCAAGUGGAAGCAGAACAAAUUGAAGUCUGAUGUCAAGCUUUUUUAGCCUGCCCACGGUCGUCUUGACUCCUGAAGACAGUAACCGGUUGUGAGGAGUGAGGGCACCAGCUUUCGUGUUUAGAGCUCUUGUCUUCACCUACUUAGCUUAUUCUUUUCGGAAGUUUGGAAUUCCAGAGCUCACUUGAUCUUUUGUGGGCCUCUUUGGAACAUAUGUUGAUUCUUUUUUUUUUAUCAGUUUGGUCAAUGUUUGUUUUCUGGGCUUCUGGCGCAAUGGCAAAAGUAGAGCUGAGACUUGGGCCGGGCUGGCCCUCUUAUGUUUUAUGCUGUUUUCGAUUAUAUCCUUUAGGCACAAGAGGUACGUCGCGCCGUGCCGAUAGGCACGGUGAAUCUUUUGUUUGUUAUCAUUCGAGGUAUGUACCUUAUAUAAUUAGUCUAUGGGGUUCAAUGUAAUAUAUUUAAUAUUCCACCAAUUAUAUUCUCUUUUAUGGUA